AUGCGCAGGAACAGCUGCGCAGGAACAGCUGCGCAGGAACAGCUGCGCAGGAACAGCUGCGCAGGAACAGCUGCGCAGGAACAGCUGCGCAGAAACAGCUGCGCAGAAACAGCUGCGCAGAAGCAGCUGCGCGGUACAGCUGCGCAGAAACAGCUGCGCAGAAGCAGCUGCGCAGAAGCAGCUGCGCAGGAACAGCUGCGCAGAAGCAGCUGCGCAGAAGCAGCUGCGCAGAAGCAGCUGCGCAGAAACAGCUGCGCAGAAACAAAUGCGCAGGAACAGCUGCGCAGGAACAGCUGCGCAGGAACAGCUGCGCAGGAACAGCUGCGCAGGAACAGCUGCGCAGGAACAGCUGCGCAGAAACAGCUGCGCAGAAACAGCUGCGCAGUACAGCUGCGCAGAAACAGCUGCGCAGAAGCAGCUGCGCAGAAGCAGCUGCGCAGGAACAGCUGCGCAGAAGCAGCUGCGCAGGAACAGCUGCGCAGGAACAGCUGCGCAGAAGCAGCUGCGCAGGAACAGCUGCGCAGAAGCGGCUGCGCAGGAACGGCUGCGCAGGAACGGCUGCGCAGGAACGGCUGCGCAGGAACGGCUGCGCAGAAACGGCUGCGCAGGAACGGCUGCGCAGGAACGGCUGCGCAGGAACGGCUGCGCAGGAACGGCUGCGCAGGAACGGCUGCGCAGGAACGGCUGCGCAGGAACGGCUGCGCAGGAACGGCUGCGCAGGAACGGCUGCGCAGGAACGGCUGCGCAGAAACGGCUGCGCAGAAACGGCUGCGCAGAAGCGGCUGCGCAGAAACGGCUGCGCAGAAACGGCUGCGCAGAAGCGGCUGCGCAGAAUCGGCUGCGCAGAAUCGGCUGCGCAGAAUCGGCUGCGCAGAAGCGGCUGCGCAGAAGCGGCUGCGCAGAAGCGGCUGCGCAGAAGCGGCUGCGCAGAAGCGGCUGCGCAGAAGCGGCUGCGCAGAAGCGGCUGCGCAGAAGCGGCUGCGCGGAAGCGGCUGCGCGGAAACGGCUGCGCAGAAUCGGCUGCGCAGAAGCGGCUGCGCAGAAGCGGCUGCGCAGAAGCGGCUGCGCAGAAACGGCUGCGCAGAAACGGCUGCGCAGAAACGGCUGCGCAGAAACGGCUGCGCAGAAACGGCUGCGCAGAAACGGCUGCGCAGGAACGGCUGCGCAGAACGGCUGCACAGCAACGGCUGCGCAGAAACGGCUGCGCAGGAACGGCUGCGCAGGAACGGCUGCGCAGGAACGGCUGCGCAGGAACGGCUGCGCAGGAACAGCUGCGCAGGAACAGCUGCGCAGGAACAGCGGCGCAGCAACGGCUGCGCAGGAACGGCUGCGCAGAAACGGCUGCGCAGAAACGGCUGCGCAGAAACGGCUGCGCAGAAGCGGCUGCGCAGAAGCGGCUGCGCAGAAGCGGCUGCGCAGAAGCGGCUGCGCAGAAGCGGCUGCGCAGAUGCGGCUGCGCAGAAGCGGCUGCGCAGAAGCGGCUGCGCAGAAGCGGCUGCGCAGAAGCGGCUGCGCAGAAGCGGCAGCGCAGAAGCGGCUGCGCAGAAGCGGCUGCGCAGAAGCGGCUGCGCAGAAGCGGCUGCGCAGAAGCGGCUGCGCAGAAGCGGCUGCGCAGAAGCGGCUGCGCAGAAGCGGCUGCGCAGAAGCGGCUGCGCAGAAACGGCUGCGCAGAAGCGGCUGCGCAGAAACGGCUGCGCAGAAACGGCUGCGAACAGCGGCGCAGGAACAGCUGCACAGGAACAGCUGCGCAGGAACAGCUGCGCAGGAACAGCUGCGCAGGAACAGCUGCGCAGGAACAGCUGCGCCGAAACAGCUGCGCCGAAACAGCUGCGCCGAAACAGCUGCGCCGAAACAGCUGCGCCGAAACAGCUGCGCAGAAACAGCUGCGCCGAAACAGCUGCGCAGAAACAGCUAGGCAGAAACAGCUGCGCCGAAACAGCUGCGCCGAAACAGCUGCGCAGAAACAGCUGCGCCGAAACAGCUGCGCCGAAACAGCUAGGCAGAAGCAGCUGCGCAGAAGCAGCUGCGCAGAAGCAGCUGCGCAGAAACAGCUGCGCAGAAGCAGCUGUGCAGAAGCAGCUGCGCAGAAACAGCUGCGCAGAAGCAGCUGCGCAGAAGCAGCUGCGCAGGAACAGCUGCGCAGGAACAGCUGCGCGGGAACGGCUGCGCGGGAACGGCUGCGCGGGAACGGCUGCGCAGGAACGGCUGCGCAGAAACGGCUGCGCAGAAACGGCUGCGCAGAAACGGCUGCGCAGGAACGGCUGCGCAGGAACGGCUGCGCAGGAACGGCUGCGCAGCAACGGCUGCGCAGCAACGGCUGCGCAGGAACGGCUGCGCAGGAACGGCUGCGCAGGAACGGCUGCGCAGGAACGGCUGCGCAGGAACGGCUGCGCAGUAACGGCUGCGCAGGAACGGCUGCGCAGGAACGGCUGCGCAGAAACGGCUGCGCAGGAACGGCUGCGCAGGAACGGCUGCGCAGAAGCGGCUGCGCAGAAACGGCUGCGCAGAAACGGCUGCGCAGAAGCGGCUGCGCAGAAGCGGCUGCGCAGAAACGGCUGCGCAGAAGCGGCUGCGCAGAAGCGGCUGCGCAGAAGCGGCUGCGCAGAAGCGGCUGCGCAGAAGCGGCUGCGCAGAAGCGGCUGCGCAGAAACGGCUGCGCAUAAACGGCUGCGCAUAAACGGCUGCGCAUAA